AGGGGCUUGCGACAUGGUUGGGUUGCUCAGGCAUGGAUUGCGCCUGCAAAAAACAAGCUGCAAACCUCGUCUGCUUGUGCGCCCAUUGCCUAGAACACCAUGUCCCAAGCCAUCUCGUCCUUAGGCCCAUCCGAUCCACCCUAAUACUCACCGCUACCUUAUCUUGAAAAAGCAAACUUUGUUGGAAUCGACUCGUCGCCUCUCCAUGAGUCAAUGGUUUUCAAGCUGCCAGGUGUGGGCAGAUCGUGGGGGCUCAGCGGUUCAGCUCCCGGAAGAUGGGAGGCUGGGUUCCUUGAUUUGGAAUCUUCUAAUGCAUGUUGGGUGGACAAAUCCGAUGCAUCAUGUACGGGGCCAAUACUUGCCUUCAUUGCGGGGUUAGGUCCUCACUCACAUGUGAAAUGCAAUGCCUCAAGCCUCAAGCCACAGCGAUGGCCAGCGCCUGAUCUCCGGUACCUGUCCAGCAGCACUGGGAUUAUCUUACUCUUCCACCUGGGUGUGCCAUGUCUCACAACAGCCACUCUGAUUCGCACCAUCCAGUCCAAGACAUGGAUGUCGUGCCACCAACUGCGACCCCUCCCCCAGAACGCGGCUUUAAGCGAUCACACACAGCUGGUCAAUCACCCUGCUAGCGUUCCCGGCGAUCGCGGCCUUUCCACUAGUCUCGUUGCUGCCAGUCGAGCUCCGAAUCAUCGAUCGAUAUUACUGGCCGACGUCCAAUACCCGCGACGCCAUGACCGAUUUCUCCGUCACGAGAAACCCCGUCGGACUAGAUACCUCCUGGCUAGCCUCGGCCCGGGGACACACCUUCGCCGGAUGUGGUUGCUAUCUGCGUUCCUUUCAUCAUGGUGGCGGUGAGACACUGGAGUACACUCGAGUUUGGUCACACCUCUCCUGCAGAUGCCUGCAUUUACUGUAAGCCCUCCUUCGUACCUGCCAACCAACCUCCUGACCAGGAUGCCCUCGUCGCCAUCAGGCCCUUCCAGAGCCGCCUCCUCCCCCGCACCAGCCCUCUUCCGGCUCCCCUGUCAAUGUUGCAUCCCUGCUGGGCUGGUCGUUCCGACCAGGCUGCAUCACAUCACCUCCCGCCUCGCUGUCACCCGCCCGCCGAGAGUGGAUGGGAUCAUAAGCCACAUGCGGACCAGGUCGCGAUCGGCCCCCCUG